AUGGCUUUUCUAGCAUUUGAUUUGGAUCUAGUGUAUGCAAUUCGUGUUAUAGUGUUAUUAAGAAAAUAUCUGAAAGAGUGGGUACAGAUGGUAUCAAGAUUAAAUUAUGAUCAAGAUGAUGGUUACGAUUGUGUCAAGCUGUUUAAGAUUUACCAAAAUAUUUUGCAAGCGUUCGAGUUGUACAAGGCGGUUUCACAAUUCUUGGUUAUGUUGAUGAAUGUUUUUGGUAUAGUCUGGUUAUUCAAGGAUCUUUCACUCGUUAUUUUACAAAGUAUGGAAUGUGAGAAGUUCUACAUAGCUGUGGAAGAAGCUAAAAUGGUGUGUAUUCAGCUUAUAAUGAAGAACUCUUCAGAGUCUCAAAAACGUCUUUACAAGCAGGUAUUACAUAUGAACCGCAUGUUCAGUAAGAUGAGUGCGUGUGGCCUGUUCUAUAUAGACGCUACGUUACCGACGCGUCUGAUGGGACUCAUCGCUAGUUAUUAUGUUCUACUGCUGCAGUUUGCUCUUUUGUGA